AAGCCGGAGCUUCACUUCCGGUUCCGUGGCCUCCAUUUUGCCGUGAGACAGCAGUAGCAGUUGGGGAGUGUGGAAGGGAAGAUGUUGUCGACAGCCGGCUGCGUGGAGCCCUCUCUUGGGCUGGGUUUUGAGGUUAAACGGGGAGCUGCUGUACAGCACCGCUUUUCCCCCUAUACCUUCAACGGCGGGACUAUCUUGGCAAUUGCUGGUGAAGAUUUUUGUAUUGUGGCAUCAGAUACCCGGCUCAGUGAAGACUAUGCAGUUCAUAGCAGAGACAGUCCAAAAUGCUACAAGCUGACAGACACAACCGUUAUUGGCUGCAGUGGUUUUCACGGAGACUGUCUCACACUGACUAAAAUCCUGGAAGCCAGAUUAAAGAUGUACAAGCAUUCCAACAACAAGAUAAUGAGUUCAGGUGCCAUUGCAGCCAUGCUUUCUACAAUCCUGUAUUCCCGACGUUUCUUCCCUUACUAUGUCUACAAUAUAAUUGGUGGAUUGGAUGAAGAAGGGAAGGGUGCAGUGUACAGCUUUGAUCCAGUAGGAUCCUACCAGAGAGAUACUUUCAAAUCUGGUGGAUCAGCAAGUGCCAUGCUGCAGCCUCUGCUGGACAAUCAGGUUGGCCUCAAGAACAUGCAAAAUGUGGAGCAAGUGUCUUUAUCUUUGGAAAAAACUUUGCAGCUCGUAAAGGAUGUCUUUAUUUCUGCUGCAGAAAGAGAUGUCUACACUGGUGAUGCCCUAAAAAUCUGCAUUAUAACGAAAGAUGGAAUUAAAGAAGAAACUGUUCCACUACGAAGAGAUUAAAUCAAUGUACUAUUCAGUAAAAAAUUGUCCAUGUAUGCCUGUAAUUUUUAUUCAAGUUGUCUACUGGUGGUAUCAUAUUUCAUGUAUUAAAAAAAGGAGUCAAACUUGU